GGAAAAGCGUUUUGUAUUGUGCUGAAGGUGCAAAACGGCGGAAGGAAAAGGAGAAUAAGAGGCAGAUUGUGAAUUGUAUGACAAACUCAUUGCGCGCAGUGCAAAUCCAUGUAAUGGAAAAUAGCUCAAAAGCUUUUCCCUGUCGACGAUUAAUUGUCCCGCCAAUGUGUCUUUUCCUCAGCCUAGGUGAGAGGCAAUGAGAGUGAAAAUUUGUGCGCCGUGAGAGCUUUUUUGGAAGUGCGCUCUAGGUUGGAGGUGUAGUUGAUGUAGUUGCAUGCGACUUUUUUCGGAAACUUGGUAGCUCUAACUGCUCUAGGUUAGAGUGGCAUAAGCGUGGGGAAGUUGAGAAAGAGAGAAGCAUUGAGCAUAAGUCUGCGUCGAUUCUUGGAUGGGAAUAUAGUGAUCUCUGUUGCUCGCCCAGGUGGGUUAACGACUCACUACUGGGCACACUUGCUGACGGCACAAAAUCGGAAGUUUAGUCUACUGUCAGCAGUCGAGGAAAUCACAACGCGCACCCAACUUUGCAAACGAAUCUACAUUGAAUUUUUAAGCCCAAAUUUUACUUGUAGGCAAAAAGGCAUUAAAAAACUAAAAAAAUAAAUAAAAACGUAGAAGAAUCUCAUGCAAUUUGCAAAUCGUGUCUUAAAGGCCGAAACACACCAUCACGAUAGUUCUUUUCUUGGCGGUUUAAUCGCAUCAAUAGCACCUUUUUCCGCUCUCUAAGUUUUUCGCGCGUCGAAGCUUUUCUUUUCGCGGUGUUUUUCAACCUACAAUCUUUUUGCUUUUGGAUUUUUCUUCAGUGGAAUUUUUGUACAUCUCAAAAAUCCAUUUGUGUAGACUGAUUUUAUUUUGGAUUUGGUGAAUAGAAAACAGAAUUAUUGUGCAAUUUUCUCUCAAAGAAAUCUAAGAGGAAUUCCAGGAAAAGAAACAGCAGAAAAUUGUGUGAAAAAUUCAAACACCUCAUCAAAUACAAAAAUUCAGUGGAGUGUGAAGCUUAAAUUCUCUGUGGAAGCUCUAAAAUAACAUUAGUUUGAAUUAAAAAAAAUCUCCCACACAGUAUAAAACAAUUUAAAAGUGGAAAUUUUCUGCCGAGAAAAAAAUUCAAGAGAAUCUCAGAGUUAGAACAAUUUAAAAAACAAGUGUUAAUAUUCUCUCUACUUCUAAAAAAAUAAAUAAAUAAAAAUAAAAAUAAUAAAAUUUGGUGUGUUUUCGAGUGUGGCAAAUUUUGAAGAGGAUAAAGUGUGUUUUGUUCUUUGCUUUGCAAUAAGAUUUUCUACAAAAAAAGUGAUGAAAUAAUAUAUUUAAAAAAAAUUGUGCUUUAUUGUAAAUUAGCCAGUGAGAAAAACGUCGAAGGAAAAAUUAUCCAAGACAAGUUCUUUUGUGUGUUAUUUUUUUUGAGAAGCCAACAGGAGGAAAGAAUUAGAAUCACAAACUCCCACAGCAAUCAGCUAAAGAAUCGGCACAUGGUGUUCGGUUCAGAUACGAUUACAUAAAAGCGAUCACCAUUUCGUCGUCCGCGGUCAAACGAAGGCCAGCGCCGCCAGUUCCGCCAUCGAGCGUACCACAGGUGGUGUUGUCACCUAAGAGACUUCGUCAGACACCCCAUCAGAUCAUCAAUUCGCCAGUUGGGCCAUUUGCCGUGUCACAGACGCACUUAGUCGUUCAGCAUCCACAACAAGGGAUUGUGGGUCAAUUGGCAGCAACGGCUAUUCAAGGGGAGAACCAUCAACUGGCAAACUCCUCUCUACCAUCUGUAAUUCCGACAGCAGCAGCAUCAGCAGAAGCAUCAGCAAAUAUGGAAAAUCCAAUGGGACAAAUGGCUCCAAUGGCUCCACUAGCCCUCUCCCAGAGCAUGGACUCCGUCAAUACGGCCAGCAACGAAGAAGAGGUUCGAACACUAUUCGUCAGUGGAUUACCGAUGGAUGCAAAGCCAAGAGAAUUAUAUUUGUUAUUUAGAGCUUAUGAGGGGUAUGAGGGAUCAUUACUGAAAGUAACUAGUAAGAAUGGGAAGACAGCUUCGCCGGUUGGUUUCGUCACAUUCCACACGAGAGCCGGAGCAGAGGCUGCAAAGCAGGACUUACAGCAAGGUGUUCGCUUUGAUCCCGACAUGCCCCAAACCAUUCGCUUGGAAUUCGCCAAGAGUAAUACGAAAGUGAGCAAACCAAAACCACAGCCUAAUACAGCGACUACAGCCGCACAUCCUGCAUUGAUGCACCCACUUACUGGACAUUUGGGAACACCGUUCUUUCCGGGGGGACCCGAGCUUUGGCACCAUCCGUUAGCUUAUUCAGCCGCCGCAGCUGCCGCUGAACUGCCAGGAGCCGCGGCCCUACAACAUGCCACGUUGGUACAUCCGGCUCUGCAUCCUCAAGUGCCGCCCCAAAUGCCUAUGCCUCAUCCAGCAGCACUUCAUCCAGCCUCAAUUCAUGUCUCAGCUGGUCUUCCGGCCGGCCAUUUCCUACCAAGCCCAGCUCUUGCUAGUCCCGUGGGCUCCAGCGGUGGCUCCCAGCCACCAAAUCCACCCCUUGCCGCAAAUGCACCCUGCUCCACGCUGUUCGUCGCCAAUCUUGGACAAUUUGUCUCCGAACAUGAACUCAAAGAACUCUUCGCUAGUUUGCCUGGCUUUUGUCGCCUCCGAAUGCACUCAAAAGGUUCACAACCGGGUAGCAUUCCCGUAGCAUUUGUUGAAUUCAAAGAUUCCGGCUGCGCAGCCGGCGCUAUGGCCGCACUCCAAGGCACCUUCCUUCUGUCAUCAGACCGUGGGGCCAUUCGUAUUGAGUAUGCCAAGUCAAAAAUGGCCAUCACGGACCCGACGGCACCGCAGUUUUAUGCAUUCAGAGAAGGGAGCGGGACUGGAGCCAAGAAUGGAGCAUGCAAUAGGGAAGAAAAAUGAGCGCGACAUGAACACGUACUUGAUGGCCUCCACCUGACCACCUUCAUCGAAUGUCUAUGCAAUGCCCAUGGCCCCAAGGCAGCGACCACCCCAGCAUCGUCCCCAUAUACGGGUAUGAGGCACAAGAUCCCCCCCGAUCAAAUUUCAAGUGGCACCCCAUGGGACCCAAUUGAAUUUUGACUGGGGUCCAACUGGGACAACAAUAUCGUGGGACAAUUCCUCAAGUAAGAUUUCUACAGCAACACCAAAAACAACCCAAAUUCCUCUAAGGAGACACUUUGUUGUUUAACAACAAUCUGUGUUAUGAUUUUUAUCCCCAAAACAAAAAAAAAUUGUAAAUGUUUAUUUUGCUUACAAGAUGACAAAAUGUUUAAAAAAUGGUGUGAUCAUACCGAAGAGACACAAAUAAUUGUAAUUUAUUGCAAUAAUAUCUACUUUAAGCUAUAUUUUUAAUCAAUUUGUUUUGUAAGAAUAUUUAAGCUGACAUUUUAAGAAGAAAUUUUUUAAUAUAUUUCUUAAUUUAUUUUGCUAUUUAAGUGAUGAUACCAUAUGGCAAAAGAUGGACAGAAAAACCCGAAAACAAAUAAUCACAUAGGAAAGGUAGGUUCUUUUAGAACGGAUUAUAACAGUUUAGUGGAGACACUCUUCAAAAUUGACUUUCUUUUUGGAGAGUAUCUUCUCCUUCUCUUCGCAAGUACCACAUAGAAAUAAAUGACGGAAAUCAUACAAUUUUUUAGAGCCAAUUAUAACAGUUUAUACCAGAUUAAAGCGAAGACACGUAUCAAAGCUGAUUUAAGAUUUUUUUUAACGAGUUUCAUCUCCUUUUUAUUAUGUAAAAAAACUAUUUAAAAUAUUUUAAAAGAAAACUGAAGAAAUAUAAGGAAAGCGCGCUACCUUCGGACGAUCGAAUGAAUUUGACCCAUAGCUCUUUUCGGAAAAUUUGAAGCAUCGAACUAGCUAUUAAAAUAUAAUAUUAUUAUAUUAUAAGAGGUCAAAUUCAUUAAAAACAUAUUGAGUUGUCUGAAGCUUGAAUCGUCCGAAAGUAGCAUAACAAUAUUCCAAAGAAUUUCAAUUCCAUUUUUGCAAUAUUUUCUUGCAGAUAACAAAAUGAACCAUACAGUUCUUUUGGAAUACUUUCGAACAGUUUUUAUCCCAGUUUAGCGAAAACACAUGAAUUUAUUUGGCUCUAAGUUUUUCAAAAACAUUUUUUACACCCAUUUUUUUUUAUUGUAGCCCUUUAAUGAGCAAAAAGAAACGUUGCUGAGGGUCAGAAAUUUUACAAUCAACCUCUGAAAAUGGUCAUUAUAAUUUACAGAGGCAAAAUUCUUAUGAAACUUUAACCUUUUUGUGCUAUAUGGAAAAAAAAAUGAAAAAAAGAGUAAUUCCCAUGAUUUCUACUAAAAGUAUAUAGGAAGAAUAAUGCCGUGGAAGGCAUCCUAAAAAUUUUAUACCAUUAACAGAAAUGUGGUGUUUAGAGAAAAGACAUUAAAUGUAAGGUGAGGUCAGAGAGGUUAUUAAAACAAGAUAAACUUAUACAUUACCUUAAACUUUCUAUUGUAUAGCUUAACCAAAUGUGCCCUAAAAUGAAGAAAAAAAAAUUAAGAAAUGAAAAAGUGUUAAUUAAGCUGUCUUUAAUGUGUAAAUUUUUUAGUGUAAUAACUUUUAUGAUGCAAAAAAAAACUUGUGAGAGAAUAGAGUGCAAGACAGAAAGAUACUAACGAAAGGAUUAACAUGGAAAUUUUAUAAGUUUUGCGGAAGAACUUUAGCGAGAAAAUUGUGAAAAAUAAUCCCUAAAAUAUGGUUUCAGAGCUAUUGGGAAUGUUCAUUUUCUCCAAAAAAAAGACAAAAUGUGAAAAAAAACAUCAUCAUACUUUUCUUUUUGACAUUUUCUUCAGUUUGACAAAGAAAUAAAAACAUUGACGGAUAGAAGAAUUUUUGAAAACCUACAAAUAAUUGAGAAAAUCUACAGAAAAAAGCAAAUGAAUGGUCAAUUCUGUCAAUAAAUUAAUAUGAAAUUUCAGAGCAAUAAAUUUUAAUAAAAAAUAUAUUGUCAUAUCACUAUCACUAAUGGAACUUAAACAAGUUUAAAUGAACUUGAGAUAAUUGUACGGAAGAAAAAUAACUAAAAAAGUAUCAAUUUUAAAAUUAGAUGUUGUAAAAUCUCAUCAAAGUGAACCUUUCAAAUGAUCUUCAAGCUCUAAACAUGAUUUAUUUUUCACCUAUUUCACAUACCUAAUUUUGCAAUGACUUGACUUUAUUUUGAAUCCCAUAUUUUGGAGAGGAAAAUACUUUAAGCCACGCCUCUUCGAAGAAUUUGGAUCAAACUAGGCAGAUAUUUUUAUUUUUUUUAUAUUGUUGUGACGCGAAAUUAUCACUGAACAUCUCUAAAGCCGUCAUCUUAAAGUCUCCUCACCAAGAGAAAAGAAAAGCCAAGAAAAUGAGCCAUUUUCACUCAUUUACGCUUAAAGUUAAAAUUCUUGCGAGCAACCGGUACGAGCUGAGUGAGGAACAACAACACAUGUUCAAUUAGUAGCCUGUAUGGGUUGCUCAAUGAGCGGACACCGUUGUUACAGAAUCUCGCCUAAAUGAAACCUUUGCCUUGCCUCGGCUGCUGGCCCAGUCCCUAUCCCUAGUCCCUACCUCCCUUUCUGAAGGUCGCAAAAAGUCCCAAAUAAUUAAAAUAAUUUCUUAAAUUAACUUUUGAAAUGCUUUUAACCUUGAAAAAGGACAUUUUUUCGACCCUGCAGUUUUUCAAUUUGACCUUGCAGUAUUGAUCAGAAAUCGGUGUAAAUCUUACCCUUUUUAUGUGUAUUAAGGUUUAAAGUUACCCUUCUUCGUGUUGAUUUUAUCCUUUAAAAGGUUUAAAAUUAACAUUAAAAAAUGUUGAUAUAUUUUUAUGCAUAAAAAGUAUGAAAGUUAUGAGGAAAAAAAUUAACCGCACCCUCUUUUUUUCUCAGUGUAAUUUUUCGGCUGAUAUUAUUGUCCUGGGUCCUGGGAAAUCUAAUUAUCCACUUCUCCAGUCCCAGAUAUGGAGCUUGAUGUUCCACUCUUUGUAGCUUUUCCAAGACUGCCUCCCUCUCGCCAUGAACACUCUGUUGCGGUACCGUUUUACAGAGGGUGACUCACGACUUUCAAGUUUUGACCGUUGAACCCUUGAUAGGGGAAUUGGCUUUUACAAUAUUUGAAAUAAACGAAAACAAAAGUCUAAAAAUGUUCUUCAAAACAUUAACUCGAAGCUUUUUGAACAAGAAACUAAGCAGAAACGUUCAGGGCACCGUCUACAAUUGAGUUUAUGGGAGUGGCUUAAUAAUUCUUAAGAGGGCGUGGUCAGAAACCUUCGAGACUUCAAUACUACCUCUUUGUAAAAUAUGGGAUUUUCAAAAAUAAGUUAGAAGACUGCAAAAAAAUCUGAUUUUUUUUAAAUAAACAUUUCUUCGAUAUCCAGAUCCUUGGCAGAUGCUAAUGAGAAGUGCUUAGUCUCUUAACUUAAGAGAAUAGUAAAUUCUGGCAGAAAAUUGAACUGUUGAGAAAGAAUAAUGAGGAAAAUUGGUGAAUUAAAUCAUAUUGCAUGUUCUUGUUUUAACUUAUUUUUAUUGAUUAUUGAGAUGAAGCGUUAAAUGUAAUUUGUAAAUAGUGUGAAGAAAUAGUGAGAAAAAUUGCACCCAGUUGAACUACAGCAUUAAAAAAUCAUUGAGAAAAUUUUUAAUCAAUAAAAUGCUCAUAGAAUUUAUUAAAGAAAAAAAAACUUAUGAACAACAGAAUUUGAAGAAAAGUUGUCGUAUAAAUUUUUAGAGCAUUUUGAAUUAUGGGAAAAAAAAUUAUUUCUUUUAUUAUUUAUCAUCUAGCCGAGAGUUCAUAGAUAAAUGCUUCAACCAAACAAAUAGGGAAGAUAAAUACAAGGGGAAAAUCUUGAGAAAAAAAAACUUGUUGAAAACAAAUCCUGGAAGAAAAUCCAGGAGACUACAGACAAAGGCUAAAUAGCAAGAUUUUCAGCAUAGAUUUUAAGAAAAUUAAUAGGAAAAUUUACUUUUAGAAAUAUUAAGUGUAUAACUAGAGCUUAUUGAACUUCAGACAAGAAAAACAACUACUAAGAAAUUUAACUUGAAUUUUCUUAAUAUAUUGAUAAAGGAAAAAAUACCUCUUCAUGCAUCUCUCAAAGCCAGAAAAAUACAAGUCCUCUUUAUUGUUCGGACAUCGUGACAAAGCUUAAAUGGGGAUAACUUUUUCAAUAUAGAUAUAUUGGAAGCUUGAAAAAAUCCUAAACAAUAUAUGCAGAGAAAAUGUAUUGUAUUUAACCAAAGUCUUUCUAGAUUUUUAAAUUUUUAUAAGUUAUUAAAUAGUAUUUCUUGCAUUCUCAGAGAAUCUCUUUAAAAAAAUGACCUAAAUUUUAUUUUAUUUUAUUUUUUCUUCCUAAUUAUUUAUUUAUAGUAUCCUAUUUUUCCCCUUAAUCACUUAAAUGUGAAUAGAAAAAUAGAUUAUUAGGAUACUUUCUUAUUAAGAAUGUUAAGAUGGACAGGCAGAUAAAAUACGUGAUGUGAUAUUUUCAUUGAGAAAAUUAAUAAUCUCUCAAAUCCCAAAGAAAAACACUCAAGAAACAAUUUUCAUAAACACAUUACACCUUUGAAUGAAAAUAUUCCAUCACACCUUUUUUAGCUAUUAAUCAGUAGAACAGAAAAGUGGAGAAAAUGGGCAAAGAGGUAUAUAGAACAUUAAAGAAGUGAAGAUUAAUCAAUAAAAAAAAGGAAUCUUUGUAAUAACUAAGAAAAUAGAUAUUAAUCCCACUAUCGUUAAAUAGUUACUUGAUGUACUAAAAAAAAAAACAAGAAACAAGAAUAAGAAUGACAAAUGCAGGUGAAACCAUUUCGUGAAAGGAAUAAUCCAAGAAAAAAAAAGUAUAAAUCCGAGAAAGAAUGUGAGAAAGAAAGCAGAAAAUCGCGGCUUAUUGAAAGUUCUGCAGAGAGGCAUGGUAAAAAAAAUUCAAUAAAAAGUUUAAAAACUGCCAGCAAAUUGCGAAAGCUUCACGAUAUAUCGUAGCUCUUUUUUCCAUCUUAGAGCCAGGCCAGCAAGAAGAACACAAAUCCUUCUGAUAGUUGACUUUGUUCACACCAACUGUGAUGUUGGGCCAAAGGAGAAACAAGAAAGAAAUUUACGAUGGAAAAAUGAGCUUGAUAGAGCACCGUUGGGUGGAAAUUCCUGAGAAAGCAUCACGUGUAAAUUUAUAGGUUCAAUUGAGCCAAGGUAGUUUGACGAGGUACAAAAUCUACUUUUGAGUUGUGACGUAAGCAAGCAGUCUUUAAUUUUUGUAAACAUAUUACUGACAUUUCAGUGAGAGCGAAUAGGAAUUAGAUCUAGUCAUCUCAUUCACUCUUGGGACCCAAAUAAACACAUACUGAUCCUAGAAAAUAUUUAGCCUGUCAAAUUUGACAGUAAAGGUUAGGUUAUUCAAUUUUGCGGAUCUAUACAGACCUGGAGAUCAGGUGAGAGAUGGUUCAGCGGUAUUAUAAUUGAAUUAAUGAUUAAAUUACGUUUUCAUCAACUUAAUACUAUACCGCCUCUUACAUUAAAUCGUAAGCUUGUCAAGAGUCCAAAUAGAUCCAGACUGAUCCUAGAAAAUGUCUAUCCCAAAUUUGACAGUAAAAGAUUAACAGUAAAAGAUGCGUUUUUCUUGAUAAAAAUUCCGAUUUCCAUUUCAAAAUCAAAUUUAAGCUUAAUCCUGAUGAACCUUGAAAAUUUCCUGAGCCAAAAACUUGCUUAAAGGCAUCAAAAAGACUUUUUUUUUAAAGGUAAUGGCGAGAAAAGGGGUUCCGUGAUGCAAUUGGUAAUAUAGUUCGGCUCUUGGGCGUUGUGAUACCCGACUCGACUGUCACAGUUGUUAGAUCGAGUUCCGCUCGGUGCAAAUAAUAUUAGCGUCUGAAUGAACAUUUUUAUAUCUCAGUACAUCAAAAUAAAUACAAACAAUAAAAUGUCGAGAAAUUGUUAAAAUUUUAUGGCAAAUGCUCUCUUAUAUAUUCCAUCUAUUCCAUAAAGUUUUUCUGUAAAAUUUCUCUCAAAAAAUUCGGCAAAAAAUUAAUAUUGCACCGAUUAUGAUAUUUUGGGGAAAAUUCGGAAAGCUCGAGAAAUUUCUUAAGAGCUUUUCCAAUACAGCAUUGCAAAUUUCUUUGAGAAAAUUUAUCAAAAGCUUCCUCAAAGUUAAUAUCUACCCAUACCUACCCAUGUAAGUCUCUAUUUGAAAAAAAAAAUGGAAAACAAGAUAUUUUAAAAAAUUAUCCAAAAUCAAAUUGCAGACCUGGGGAAGGAAGAAACCAAUCUCUGAAAUAUUGUAAGAGAGGGAAAUAAGAGGAUAUUUCUUACAGGUCCUCAUAGUUUUUUACUUUUAAUAUUCAUCAAUAGACCGAAAAAUCAUUCAAACUUCCUCAGUCUUUCCAAAAAUUGUUUCUUUGUUAUUCCAAAUUGAAUUAUUCCUGGCUAUUUGGAAUGCUCAUAAGACUCAACAGAAGACUUUUCAAGUCUGAAAAAGCGCUUUCCUUCAGUGAAAAUGCCGUUAAAGUACCUGUACCUUUGUUUUCUUCAAUUGUUUUUAGUGUUAUGGUUUUUUCUUAAUUUCUUUUUAAAUAUCGUGAAAUAGGGGCAACGACCCUUGAUCUUUACUGUCAAAUUUUAUAGGCAAAAUAUUCUCAUGGAUCAAGCUGAGUCUAUUUAAGGCCCUAAAGCGGUCUUCAAACUAGAGGCUCAGCUCAGUUCCAGAAGGUCUCAAAAUCUUAAAUACCAAGCAUUUGUAUUGCUUUUUGAGAACCUAAUAUAUCAUUUAUCUUUAAUAAAUCCUAAGUUAAAUUUUUCCAAAAAGAAUCGUGAAUGAUAAGACAUUAAAGAAAGUACGCUAUAUGGCUAGGUCUUAAGUCCGAAGCCCGUAUAAGACUGCGAAAAUAUGGAAAUGGCCAGUAAUACUUUUAAAAAAAGGAAUUAAAAAUCGUCCGCAUUGUCCAAGUUUGUCAAUUAAAUGUUUUAAAGUGAUUGAUCUGUUGCUCUUCUCCGUUGCUGUUGCUCUUAUAAACCUUCUGAUUUUUAAGCUUAAAUAUGGACUGGCGCAAUUGACUUUAGAGAGAUAUCUCCGGUGAUAUGAAAAUUUAAAAAAAAAAUCUGUUGCAAAUGAAUAACUUUAAUGCCUUUCCAGUCACUGAAGAAGAUCCUCAUCAGGAUCAAAAGCUCUGGACAAAACCAAAAAACUGUUUUCAUCUUUGGAUGGCUACCUUUUUACUGGCAAUCACCAGAGAUAUUCUUUUGGUUUUUAUUAUCCGGCGGAUAUAGGUUCACUAUGCAAUCUUGUAGUACUCAUCUAAUAAUCAGUUAUUAAAAGAAAUAAAAUUCAAAAGUCAUUUUUAUUAUUAUAAAAUUAAUACAAGUGACCCUCAAACUACCUUGGCUCAGUGCAAUAAAAUACGUGUCGCGUGACUAAAGAUUGCAAAAUUCUUAUAAAGUACGUUUGGCAAAAAAUGGCAGAAAAUAAUAAUUUUUAUUUCUAGCUAAAAAAUAAAUAAAUGUGACGAUGAGAUUGUGAGAGAUAAGUGAAAGAAAUAUGUGUAAUUAAAGUUUAAUCAUUCCGUCCAAUUCAGUGUGUAGUCGCCGGGUUUUUACACCGGACAAUGAUGAAUUAAUUCAUUCAAAUUAGUUAUUACUACUUGUAAUCUUGAAUGAAAGUGAAAGAAAAAGAAAGAAACCAGAGGGUGAAACCAACUAUGUCUGUAAAUGUACUAUUAUUAGAAAGAAUGAUAGCUGAAAGAAAAUCAUGAUAAACAUUGUAAACUAAGGAAAAAAAAUAUUUAGAUGACAUUAUGAGAUGAAAUUGUGAGAGAAGACACACAUGAAAUAUUAAAGAAAAAAAAUAAUGGGAACUUCAAUGAUACAUAUCAACUUUUUUUGGUUUUAACCAUUUUUAAAAGAAAAAUAAAAUGAUGAAAAAAUGUAUGACAAAAGAUGGAAAAAAUUAAUAUUUAUACACAUUAUACGAUAUCUUAUAUUCUACGUAUUAUAGAAAUCUUAAGAGAAAAAAGCAUAAUUAUUAAAGAAAAAAAAAACAGCAAUCACAGAAAAAGUUUUCAGUGAAUUGAAAAUGGAUUUUAGCAUGAUUCUGGAGAAUGACAAAAAGUUCCAAUUUGAUCACGACAAUGCAAGAAAACACUCAGAGAAAAAAACUAGCGACAAAAGCCAGACAAAAAAACAGCGAAGAAAAUUUUAAUUCUGAGAAAAUAUUGUGUGACAUUUAAACUAAUUGUGAUACAAUCGAAAUGGAUAGAAAAAUUGCUGAAGAAUCAGACAAGAAAUCGAGAUAAAAGAAUUCCAACGACAGAACAUUUUUGGGCAGGUCGAGCUUUCCCACAGAAAGGCUCAGACGCGCCUAAAAGAACGCUGGAAAACCUCUUUAAAAAUCCACAUUUAAUAAUUAUGAAAUAAAAAAAUAAAAUAAAAUGAUAGAUUAGCGUCUUUGCAACAAGACGAAAGCAAAGAGAUAAAUGAAACAUUAUGGUGAAAAAAACAUUUUUGAUGAACAAUUGAAACAUAUCAAUUCGUGCCCGAUCAUAUUAUGAAAUUAUUAUAACUAAUUAUACUGAAAAAAAAGUGGAAACCGAACGAGAGAGCGAACAUAGUAAGAUGGGAUAAAGAGAAAAAAACUAGAUGGAAUAGUAAAAAAAAAAACUAUUAUACAACAUAUUUAUUAUUGAUAAAAAAAUCUGUAUCUUUUGAACGGCUAAAAAUAUAUAUUAUAUUAUUAUAUAGAAUUUAAGCAUUGAUGUAAUUCUGAUAAAAAAAAAUGAGAAAAAUUAAUUAUCAGCAGCAGACCCAAAAUGAAUGAAAGAGUUAAAAAAAAUACAAAAAUUAAGAAAAAAUAUUAUUCAAGAAUGACAGCAGUAAAAUAAAUUAUUCCAAUUCAUAUAUUAAAGAAGAAAAAACAAAUAAAAAUACUUGAAGAUGAAAAGAUAUUUACUAAAAGAAAAAAUUGAGAAAAAAAAUAAUUUAAGACAAAGACGACAAAUUGAAAGAAUAAAGGAUGAAAUUGUGUAAAAAUCCUACUGAUUUUUCAUUUUUUCGAACAUCUUUUUGCGGAUUUGUCUACUCUUCUUUUCAGAUAUUUCUCUUUUCCUCAAGAAAAAGAACUAAAUAAUUAAAAAAAAUAAAUGUUCAAAGAAACAUAACCACAAAUCUCUCAUAGAAUUUCUAAACCAGCUGCAGUUUAAAAAACAAUUUUUUCAUACAUUCUUUGCAAAAAAAAGAUACCCCAAAAAUUCUUUUGUAUUUUCAAUCUAUUCGACAAAAUGCUGAAAAAAUAUGGUAUUCUGUAGCAUUAUUUAAAGAAAAAAAAAGAUAUUUCAUAUGAGAAUGAAGAAAGGAAAACAAAAAAAAAAGUGAAUGGGGGGUACAGAAAAAGGAAGGAAUAUUGUGUAAGGCUCUCUUGAAACUAAGAAAAUAUUGCAUUAAAUAAAUGAUAAUGAAAAAAAUGUUAAAGAAUAAAUAAUAUUAUUACCUUAUUAUAUAAAGAAAACAUGAUGAAAAAAUUUAAAUGACAAGGGCAGGACAUAACCAAAAAGAAACGUCAAUGAGGAUCACAUUUUAUAACCUUAUUUAUGUAUAACCUUCAUUUUAAAAAACUCUAAAUGCAAAAAUUAUGAAGAUUUAUUUUACCCAGUUACCAUUUUUCAAAGCAAUCUGUCAAUAUGCCUCUUUCUUAUUUUAUUUUCGAAAUCGAAUUAACCUCGAAAUUCCAAAGAGCCGAGGGGCAUUCCAUUGAAGCCAAUCUAGGCUUUCACACUCAAUUAUGACGAAUAUUUGAGAUAUUCGAGAAAAGUUUUGCGAACAAUUCAACAAAGAUUUAUUCAGAAAAACGUUUUAGAGUUUUCGAAGUUCAAAACAUUAGCAAAUUUUUUUCUCCAAAUAUUUUUGGUUAAUUGGGAAAAAUAACAAAAUUUUAAGAAUAUUUAUUGAGAUUCACGAAUAUAUUCACAAAUUUCAAGAAUCUUAAGAAAAUAGAACCCGAAAAUCCUUAAAAAUUCCUUGUGUAUUAAAUAUUCUUUGAACUAUUUAAAAUAUUUAUAAAACCUGAAAUAUUCGUCCUGUAAAUCCGACAGUGAAAUGCCCCUUGAUGAAAAGCAAUAACUCCUGGCUUUUAUAAAAAGAAAUAGUUUCUAAUACUAAAUGUGAUCCUCGUUAUUUUAAUUAAAAAAAUAAAAUGAGAGAAAAUCGUGUGUUUUUGAUGAAUAAACCAUAAAAGGAUCAGAAAUUCAUGAGAAACUAUGGUUAGAGAAGAAACAAGAUUAAAUCUUAAGAUGACAUUGUAGUACAAUCUGGUUAAUUAAAUUGAUUUUACAAAAGCAUUAAACAAUUUUUAAUAAUAAAAGAAAAAAAUGUGAAAAGAAGCUGAAACAAGUGUUGAUGAGACGGGCAUUAAAUUUUAGCAAAUUAAACCCUAGAAUUGAUUCUCCCAACCAGGAGAGCAAUAAUAAAAAAAAAUAACUUUCGAGUGAUAAAAACGUAAAAGGCUAAAUCUUCGAUAAGGACUUAUGUUAUCACUGAUACACUUGUUUUGAUUUCACACAAAACUCCCUUUCGAAAAAAAAAAAUCACUCACGCAUUAACUAAAACACCAAAAAAAUCUAUUAUAAAAAAAAUAGAAAAGUCGUAUUGAGUAUUAGACAAUUUUUUUUUCAGAAAAAUAUUAGUGAAAAUAUUGAAAAUAUAUUCCUAUAUUUACUUAUUUAAUUAUUUAAAACCGAUAUUUUUUCUUUCAUGAGCAGUUUGUUAAAAAAAAAUUAUCCUAGUCAAUUUCAAAAUAUAAUAUUUUUACCAAAAACCACAAAUACGGAUGAUUAAUGGCAAGUAGUUUUUGUACUUGAAAAAAUAUAAUUACAGGAUGAAAGGCAGUAUUUCAAACAGUAUUCGGAAUAAUAACUUUCGUUUAUGCAACAUGAAAAUCAGAUAUGCGGCUAUGUCCUAGCCAUUAUGUAUUUAAAUUUGAUUGAAGUGGAAUCCUACUUCUGAAAAUGUGAGACUCAUAUUCAAAAAUUUCAUUUUUCGUAUUUAAAAUAUUAUGUUUCCGAAUACCGAAUACCGCCGUCAAAUCUUUCAAUUUGUCUAUUAAUUUAAUAAAAUAAAAUCUAACCUAAAAAUUCAAUGAAACCACAAAAAUUUCACGCAACAGAGAACAUCCAAAAAUAAAAGGAAAACAAAAAAAAGUUUAAAAAAAAAUGGAAAAAUACAAAAUAUUGACAAGUAAAAACCUUGAAAAACUUUCUACAAAAAAACAUAAAUAUAUGUAAAAAGCAAGUAACAAAAAAGAAAUAAAUAUUUAUCAGUCUGAAAGCUAUUUUAGAAAUAAAAAAAAAUAACAUUUAUUGACCUGUGGAAAAACGGCUGCUAUAAUUAAGAAAUAAAAUUGAGAAUUGUAAAAAAAACUGACUUUCACAUUUUCUUGAUUUCUAUUCACAAUUUUAUUAUUCUUUGUUUUUAUUUCUGUUGUUUCUCAUUUCUAUUUGAGUCUAUUGAGGAUUGUGUUUUCUGCACCAAAGUUAGACCUGUCAAAAACUGCACUUUUCUGUCAAACUUUCGGAUUCAACUGAUAAAUGAUUUGAUUUGAAUUUUUCCGUUUUCAUUUGGAGGUCGUUUAAAAAAAUUUAAAAGUGCGUGAAAUCUUUUGUGGUGUUUUUUUUUGUGUUUUUUGCACAUUUUUCCUUGUUUUUGACUAAAACCUAAUAAAAAAAAUCAUCGUGCGACGAAAGUGAGUGAUAUUUCAGUUAAUGAAACAUCAUUUUCUCAAGGACUUUCAUUCACAGCCAGAGCAAAUACCUCUGAUCCCCAAAAUUUCGCGUGAGAGUGAUGAAAUUAAUGUAAAAUUAAAUGUUCUAAGAAGCUAAUAUAAAAAAAAUAUUCUCUUAACCCUUAACAGUAAAUGAUGAAAUAAAGUGAAAAUCAGAUAAGUGUUAUAGGUAGAAAAAAGUAAAGAAAAAAAAAACAAAGAAAGACAAACGACUACCACAAAUUCAAUUCAGAACGGAAUGGCCUUACAUUAUUUUAAAAAAUUCUUUUAAUUAAGGAGGUAUAUAAUACAAUAUUUAAAAAAAAAUGAAUUAUGGAGAAAGUAUAAAUAAAUAAUAUUAAAAUCAGUCCCUAUUGCCCGACCGACAUGUUAGCAAAAAAAAAAUACACAAAUUAAUACUAUUCACAUGCAGUGGGAGAUAAAAUU